AUGCCAGCAUCGCCAGAGUCAGGCCCUUUCGGCUUGAACGGCUCCUCGCUGGGCCAUGACGACCCGCCUGGCAAAAUCAGCCCGAACUCGUCUUUGGCUCUCCAGCAACGAACACCUCCUCCAGAUAACUGGCGCCAUAUCCAGCCAUGUUCCCAUCUUACCAAGGUUUUGGGCACAAGUGCUCAUGAUACAGUUAUGGCGACGUAUAAGCAGGCGGUGGCCAUUCUGGUCGCUGUGAACCCGCUGCUCAAGGAACGGCUCGUGUUCCGCCUGAAGAAGGACGGCCUGGAGCUCCCGCCAAAGACGUUUAUGGACUUGAAACAUAAGGUGAUCAGAUGUAGUGAUUGCCAGCUUGCAAACUUCCACCAGGUCUUCUUUUGCUUGCAGUGUCCGCAUGUCGGUUGUUACGAGAAACACGCUAGAGAGCAUGCGGUGAAACAGAACCAUAUGUUUGCCAUAGAUGCUCAGAAUGGGCUUUUAUUCUGCUUCCAAUGCAGCGACUACAUCAACCAUUCUGCUCUUAACGAUAUUAGACUAGCCGUGGCGUCGAUGGAUGAGAUUCCGCCUUCCGCCGCUAGAGAAGACGUGCUACACGAACACUACGAUAAGCCCUCUGCUGUGGCUGUCCAGGGACUUAAGGGUAUAGUCAACUUGGGCGCCACAUGUUUCAUGAGCUGUGUUCUUCAGACGCUACUUCACAAUCCAUUGGUGAGAAACCACUUUUUCAAUAACGACCUACAUUUCUUCAACUGCCCUUCCGCACAGCAUUACCUUGAUGACAGCCAAAUCGACAGCUCCCUGGCGUGUAUUACGUGCCUGGUUGACGCUGUAUUUAAACAAGUCUACUGUGCAUCUUCCAACGAAGGUUUCGGCAUUACCACACUUCUACAGACCGCCUGGUAUAAGAAUCAGCUGCUAGCGGGCUUUUCAGAACAGGACGCUCACGAGUUUUGGCAAUUCCUACUUAAUGAGUUCCACAACGACCACGAGAGAACAUUGCUGAAAUCCCAUUUGGAUAUUCCAACGCCAGAAAACUGUUCUUGCAUCACUCAUACCGUUUUCUCCGGAGAAUUAGAAAGUUCAGUGUCUUGUGGCAGUUGCGGAUUCGUCAGGCGGACCGUCGACCCCUUGGUCGAUUUAUCCCUCGAGGUGAAUGACCUUAACCACAAAAACAACACACUUUACGAAUGCCUCGACCAGUUCACUCACAAUGAAGCGCUAGACGCCAAAUCCAAGUGUCAGUCAUGCGGCACCGAGUCCAAGCCUUACCGGUCGCUCCGGAUCCGCAAGCUCCCACCGGUUCUUAGCAUUCAACUCAAACGGUUCAAGCAUAACCAUACAAAUGACACCGCCUCUAAAAUUGAAGUCAAGGUGGAGACACCUCUAUACCUCAAUUUGACAAAAUAUGUCUCAGAGUACGACGAAGGCAGCGAUGAAGUCGACUCUGGCAAGGUCUACGAGCUAUUUGCCGUGGUCACACAUAUUGGCUCCGUCAAUACCGGUCACUAUGUGGCCUUCAUCAAAACAGCAUAG